GGUGAGGACAUUUGUUUUACAAUAUUCACUACUCGUCCCGCUUUACUGAGAAUAUUGUAGUCGUUCUUUCUUAUGUCCUACAGAAUUCUAUACAAACCGUUUCCAUAUGGGUUGCGGGACGACUUGGUCCAGAAGAGCUGUCCGCUGCAGCAUUUUCAGUAAUGGUGGCUUUCGUUUCUGGCUAGUACUCGGUAUUCCUUUGUUCUCCCAGUACUAUGAUCCCACAUCUCGUUCUCCUUCACAGGAUGGUGUGUAGCUCUCGGCGGUGGAUCUGCUCUUGAUACUUUGGGAUCGCAAGCAUUCACCGGUGGAAGCCAUCCGACAGACCUUUCCGUGCAUCUCCAGCGAUGCAUAGUCAUUCUAUGGUGCCUUCUCAUCCCGGUUUUCGUUCUCUGGACCUUUAUGGAGCCUUUGCUGUUGGCGAUUGGAGAACCAGAAGCCCUUUGCAGGGAUGUGCAGAGAUUUUUGCGCGUCCUUAUUAUUGGUGCGCCUGGUUACAUCGCUUUCGAGUCGCUGAAGAAGUAUCUACAGUGUCAAGGCAUUAUGAGAACAUCUACUAUUGUUCUCAUCAUUAUGGCUCCCAUCAAUCUAAUCAUGAAUAUAGUACUGGUUCAUCAUACCAGUCUUGGUUUACUUGGAUCUCCUGUGGCGCUAUCUUUCACCUACUGGUCAUGUUUCUUUCUCUUGGUUAUAUUCACAUCUCUAUCUCCGACGCAUAAGAGUCACGGAACGUGGGGUGGUCUGCAACCCAAAGCCGUGUUAGACCUUGGCAGUUGUUACACGUUCUUGAAAUUGGCUUUACCUGGGAUAUUCAUGGUAGGAACAGAAUGGGCUGCCUUCGAAAUAGUUGCGCUUGCAGCUGGGCGUUUGGGAAAGCUUUCGCUGGCUGCACAGUCGGUGAUAAUGACGACAGACCAAAUAAUAAGCACCCUUCCAUUUGGCAUAGGUGUUGUUGCUUCAAAUCGCAUUGGAAAUCUUCUUGGUGCUCGCACGGCCACUGGUGCUCGACGUGCAGCACAUGCGGUUGCCUUACUAGCUGUCCUCGUUGGUCUUGUCAUCAUGAUAGCUAUGUUAGCUGCCAAAGACAUAUUUGGUUACAUUUUUAGUGACGAUCAGGACGUCGUAAAUCUUGUCAGCAAGGUAAUGCCAUUCGUGGCAUCAUUCCAAAUUGCAGAUGGAUUAGCAAACUCAUGCGGAGGCGUUCUCCGAGGGCAAGGUCGCCAGCAUCUCGGAGCUUUCUUCAAUAUCCUUGCAUACUAUGUUUUGGCCCUUCCCAUAGGCAUAACUUUAGCUUUUCGCACACGCCUCGGACUCCAAGGAUUAUGGAUAGGUCAAGUGAUUGGUCUAUUCACUGUCGGUAUAUGUGAGUACGCGGUUGUAUGGUUGGGGACCGACUGGGACAGGGAGAUCCAAAAAGGUAUUGAAAGGAAUGCGGAAGAAGCGAAGAGGCGUGAUAAUCGCUCUCAGCAACACCUAGGGCUUCCAACCGAUCAGAAUUAUAGACCAGACUGAUCAAAUAAACAAACCUACUGUAUAGUAGUAGUAAGUACUUUCUCAAGAUCAAGACUAGCUCAUUUUCCUCGCGUAGAAGAUAUAUAGUAUGUAUUUCGGUGAUGCAGAUAUGCAGUAGUUCAUAAGUAUUUUGCUAUGCCAGACGCCAGCUUUUC